AUGCUCCAAUUUCCCGACUUCACGAGCACGUAUCGCUUCUGGGCGCUGUCUUCUUCGUCAGUGUCUAUAUUGCUCGUCAGGUUUUCCCCCUCUUGGUCAAUAUCUCAUUCUUACCUCUGGACAUUCGUCUGUAUAUUCCUUCUUCACGAACUCGUCUGGUCCACGUACAGCAUCUUCAUCUACCCUCACCUUGUCAGUCCCCUUCGACAUGUGCCGACCGUGCCGGGUGGCUCAUUCUUCGCUGGUCAAUGGAGUGUCCUGGUGAAAGAGCCAUCAGGUGUUCCCCCUCGACGGUGGGCAAAUGAGAUACCCAACGAUGGUCUCCUUCGCUAUUUUCAUCUCUUCAACCGCGAACGCCUGCUCCUCACCAGCCCCCAGGCUCUCAGUGAGGUGCUGACCACGAAGAGCUACGACUUCGUCAAGCCAACACUCCUCUUCACGGGACUCGCCCAGAUCCUAGGCAUCGGCAUCCUCCUCGCCGAAGGCGACGACCACAAGGCGCAGCGCAAGAGUCUCAUGCCGGCCUUUCACUUCCGCCACAUCAAAGAGCUCUACCCGAUCUUCUGGUCCAAGUCGCGCGAGAUGGUCCAGUGCAUACAAGCCGAGCUGGAUAAGGAGGAGUCGACAAAUCCCAACCCACGCGUCGUAGAAGUCAGCGAAUGGUCCAGCCGAGCGACACUCGACAUCAUUGGCACCGCUGGGAUGGGUCAAGAUUUCCGCGCUCUCCAAGACCCGGACAACGAGCUAAACCGCGUGUACCGCUCCGUCUUCCAGCCCGACCGGACCGCGCGCAUCCUGUCGGUUUUACAAUUCUUCCUCCCGCGUAUCCUCAUUCAGAAUUUACCUCUCGCGCGAAACAGGAGCGUGCAAGCCGCGAGCUCCGUCGCACGCAGCACGUGCCGCCGGCUCGUGGAGCAGAAGAAGGCGCGCAUGGCGAACAAGGAGCCGAUGGAGCCAGACAUCAUCUCGGUCGCGCUCGAGUCUGGCGGCUUCACGGACGAGAAGCUCGUCGACAACAUGAUGACGUUCCUCGCCGCGGGGCACGAGACGACCGCGUCGGCAUUCACCUGGGCCGUGUAUAGUCUCUCGCAGAACCCAGACGUGCAGAAGCGACUACGCGCUGAGAUCCACGCGCAUAUUCCCUCCGUCGAUGCUGCGAACAUCACAUACGACGUCAUCGACAACAUGCCCUACCUCCAUGCCGUGUGUCAGGAGACGUUACGCCUCUGGGCUCCCGUGCCGCUGACGCUUCGCUCAACGGCUGUCAACACGAGCAUCCUGGGCCAGUUCGUACCGAAGCACACGACCAUUAUCAUCGCCCCGUGGGUCGUCAACCACAAUGUGACGCUGUGGGGCGACGACGCCGACAAGUUCAACCCGGACCGCUGGAUGGCCGCGGGCCAAGCGAACGCCGGCGGUGCCGUGAGCAACUACGCCUUCCUGACCUUCUUGCACGGCCCGAGGAGUUGUAUCGGCAUGAAGUUCGCCGUCGCCGAGUUCGCGUGUCUGCUCGCGGCGUUCGUAGGCACGUGGGAGUUCCAGAUGCUCGAUCCAGAUGAAGAGAUCCAAAUCAAGGGUGGCAUCACCGCGAGACCGAGGAACGGUAUGAGAGUCGUGGUGAAGGAUGCCGGGUGGGCAACUUAG